AUCUGCAAUGAGCUAGUUUAGGUUUCCGAUUGCAUUCGUUUUUUCGUUUUCCACGAUUUUAUUUCAAACUAUUCCUUCUCUCUUUUGUUCAACUUUGAGUUUUAGUUUUCGUUCUCAUUUGUUUUUGUAUUUUUUUUUUGUCAUCCGUAGUUUGGUGAAUGUGGAAAAACAAUUAAAAUCAUAAAUUAAUAAUAUAGAUUAAUAAGGCGAGAAAUUCCAACGUUUCGUGUGGGCAAUUGAAGUAAAAAUGAGCACACUCAAAGAUGUAUCGAUUAUUGUCAAAUGGAAUGGAAAGGAAUUUCCGAUAACGGAUCUCAGCGAUCAGGAAACUGUAGCGGUGCUCAAGCAUGAAAUUGCCAAGCUCACAAAUGUGAAACCUGAACGACAGAAAUUACUCAAUCUCAAAUACAAAGGUAAAUUUGCGACCGAUGAAUUACGGUUAAGCGCAUUAGAAUUAAAAACGAAUUUCAAACUGAUGAUGGUUGGAUCCCUUGAGGCUGAUAUUCAGGAUGUACAGAACACAAUCGAUAAUCGCGAUGUCAUCGAUGACUUUGAUGAUGACAACGAAGAACGUACCUCAUACAAUUUCCACAAAAUGGAGAUGUAUUUGGCGAAAGUGGAAAAACGUGUUCGUUCGUAUAAAAUCCAAGAAUUGAAUCCGCCACGUGAAUCGAAGCGUUUACUAGUGCUAGACAUAGAUUAUACAUUGUUUGAUCACCGUUCCUGCGCUCAAUCGGCAGCCGAAUUGAUGCGACCAUAUUUACAUGAAUUUUUAACAUCAGCUUAUGAGGAUUAUGACAUUGUUAUAUGGUCGGCCACCGGCAUGCGAUGGAUCAUCGAAAAAAUGCAAAUGCUUGGCGUCGCCACAAAUCCAAAUUAUAAAAUCCUAUUUUAUUUGUGUAGCUCGGCCAUGAUCAGUGUGUAUCAUAGCGAAUUGGGAGCGCUGGACGUUAAACCGCUUGGUCUUAUAUGGGGCAAAUAUAAACAGUAUUCGGCGAAAAAUACCAUCAUGUUCGAUGACAUACGGCGAAAUUUUCUAAUGAAUCCACAGUCGGGUUUGAAGAUUCGUGCAUAUCGGCAAGCACAUCUCAAUCGCCAAAAGGAUAACGAACUGGUCAAGCUAACGAAAUACUUGAAAGACAUUGCCACUCAUUGUGAUGAUUUUACACAGCUAUCACAUCGCAAAUGGGAAAAAUAUAAUCCAAAAUCAUCUUAAGCACAACAUAAUUCCAAACAUACAUUACCGAAUGCUUUCAGGCUUCAAUUAAAAUGUUAUUCCCUCUCUCUAUUUCUGCGACAAGCACAAAACAAUGUAUUAACAUUUAAACUACAAGCGUUCCGUAUUAUUAUUAUUAUCAGAAAAAAAUAAAAAUAAAAGAAAUGAUC